AGAGUUGCUGCUCUCCUUACGCUAUGUCCUCGCUAGCAGCGCCGAUGGGGCCCAGAGAGUCCGGCAUGCUAAGAACACACCGAGUCGUCGGCGUCGUAUGCGGCCCUCAACCAGCUGCUGUCACUAAAGUAGGCUCGCAGACUUUCGUCACUGCAGUAACCCACGCGGCUUGGCAGGUCUACGACAUCGAGAGUCUCGACAUCCGCUAUAUCCAGCCUGCUGCUCGUGAAACAGCUACCAGUAUUGUCGCGGUAGGAGACACUACUAUCGCUGGUUAUCACGACGGACGAAUUUGCGUAUGGCAUAAGAUGGUUCCUAUUGCGAUGACCACUGAAGGGCACCGAGGCAGCGUUGAAUCUCUAUAUCUACUUGGUAGUACCUUCCUACUGAGUGUUGGCUCCAGCGGAAAUGAGGUACUGCUAUGGACGCUUCCGAGCUCCCUCACUAAGCCCGGGGGUCAAAUUAUAGGGCCCACAAGACUAAACUUGGGUUAUGAACUUACUACUGCUAUCCAUAUUCCAACAUAUCUCAAUAAGAUGCUUAUUGCUGGCCGAAGCGGCGAAUUGGAACUGUGGAAUUUGAAGUCGAAUCGGAAAGUUCACACUUUUUCGUGUUUGACUGACGAUUCCGCCAUCACUGCUCUGGCGCCCUCCCCUGCCCUGGACGUUGUUGCUGUCGGCUUUGAAAGCGGCAGAAUUUUCAUAGUAAACUGUCGCACUGAUCAGCUUCUGUUUACUCUGGCGACUACUGAAAGCAGGGCCUCCGGGUCAAUCACUGGUCUCGCUUUCCGCACUGAUAACGGCGACCAUAACGGUGUGCUGCUGUCGAGCACAUCUGAGGGUGAUAUCUUUGUAUGGGAUCUCGCUGAGAAAAUCCUUCAUAGUGUGGUCAAGAAAGCUCACGAUGGAUCUAUAUCAACUCUCGCGGCUGUUCCUGGCGAACCUUUGGUGGUGACUACUGGUAGUGAUAAUGCGAUAUGUGUUUGGAUUUUCGACAAGCCCGAUGGUAGUAUGAGGCUACUACGUCACAGAAGGGGCGCGAGUGAGCCCAUCACUCACGUUGAAGUAUAUGGUGACACUACGAAUAAUGCUGAGUGUAACGAUCUUCUUAUCAGCUCGGGAAACCGCGUUGGUAAAAUGAGUCUGAUUCAGCAGAAACAGAAUAAAAUUUGGAGCAUCUCUAACAUAAAUAAGGCCACUGCCGGGCUGGGUUCUCGAAUGAGGUGGAGGCGACCUGGAGACGGCAGUCUCGGUGAAAUCUUAUCGCUAGCUGGGACCAGAUUGCGACAAUAUGAUUGGCCGAAUGUGGUUACGGCUCACAAGGGGUCUCUCUAUGCUACUGUGUGGAGCGGUUAUCAGCAGGCUCUCGUGAAUCGCCAAAUUGAAGUUCCUGACAACAAAUCGGAGGUGGUCCGUGUUGCUGUGAGUGACUGCGGUAAUUACGCUUGUGUGGGGCUCAAGAACGGCGAAGUUCACCGCUUUAAUAUGCAGAGUUGCCUCUAUCGUGGUUUGGUCACUAAUCAUGAAAACGGCGGUGAAAUUUCUAUUCUGGAGUUCUUGUCUGCUACUACUAUCUUAUCGGGCUCGUCAAAUGGCCGAAAGCUGCGAUUAACUACUAUUGGUACCAGCUCGAAGACUCCUUAUAGACGUCGAGACAUAGACCUACCACAGGGAGAGGGCAGUACUGUUGCCGCAGUCGUCCAGGGCGCUCUAGCCGCGGUCGCGAUGAGCAGAGGAGAAGGCGUUCUGGUGGUGGACCUGGAUUCAGGAAGGGUCGUGAGACGCUUGGAUGAGCUCAAGGCGCCUAUUACGGCUAUGGGGUGGUCACAUAACGGUCAGCUGCUAACUGUGGCAGAUUCUGAUGCAAAAAUGGUAAUCUACGAUCUUCCUACUGCUAGUGUGGUUGAUCGUGUUGUCUUUACCUCGCCGGUCUUGGCUCUAUGCUGGAGCACUGGUGAUGCUUUCUUGAUCACUACACACGCCCAUACUUCCAAAUAUGGCGCUCUACAUCUCUGGACUAAUACGAAACUGCUUGGUCGCAAAGAUCAGUCGAAUGUGUCGUCAGUCCCACGCGAGUAUGUUCCCAUUGAUCAAGCAGAAAAGGAAGGAGAGAUGGAAGUUGAUGAAAAUGUCUCUGCUGGUGACGAAGUUCUGACUAGUUCUGUAUCUUACCAACCACAAGUUCGAGGGGCUAUCACUCUUUCUGAGGUGCCACGUACGAGUUGGCAAUAUGCUCUGAGAUUAGAUGAGAUAAAGGAGCGCAAUAAGCCAGUGGGCCCGCCCAAAAAACCGGAGAGCGCGCCAUUUUUUCUCCCUACUGUAUAUGAUAAUGCAAAGCCGCUGUUCGCGCCUUUGGAAGAACCAGCAGCAACGGCGGAGACUAGUGAGGAGCCUGAAAAGAAGAGAAUGAAAUUUGAUGGUGGCAGUGACUUCAAUUCGGUGAUGGACUCGGAGUUCGAGAGAAAGAUCGUUGAGAGGGACUGGGAGGCAGCGCUGGAGUAUCUUAAAAAACAGACGGCCAGCGGAUUGAACCUGUGCCUCAGCGAGAUCAGAGAUGAGAAUCUCCGUUACGCUGUGGAGUACUUCGAUGCGAUGGCGGCUUCGGGGAAGGACUAUGACUUGAUACAGGUCCAACUCUCCCUCUUCUUGAAGUUCCAUGCUGAUACGUUGUUGGAAUCAACAGAUGUAGGUGUGCGUAAAGCGGUCAAGGAGCUCAGCACACGGCUUGCCGCCAAUUUCAAGACCUUCGAUAAAGACUGUAGCCGUCUGGAGUGUCUGGUACGGUUGCUCUCAGGCGCUCAGAUGGUGGCUAUGGCUGGGCAGUAGUUGUGAUUCACUCUACGUCAAAACGUC